UUUGCCCUAGAAUGGCAGCGGAAGCGAUCGAGGCGAUGGAGUCCACGAACGAGGGCGCCGCGGCAGCAUCAGUAGCAUUCCAGGUGAGGAGCAGCUGGCAAGCGAUCCAGGGGCAAAUCGACAGCGUCAUGGAUGUCAUCCUCGAUUCCGGUGAUCCAAGCACGGAGUCAUCCACCAGCAUUGUCGCUGCGGGAGAUCGAGAUCUGUCCCUGGCGCCGCCUCCAAUCAAUCCAGGGCCCUGCGAGAUCACAGUGGAAUUCCAGCAUAGGUUGUGCCAUGUCCACAGCAUUUGCGUCCUCAGCAGCUCGCGGCAGUGUGAGAUCUACUCCCAGGCUCAAUCCGCCGGAGACUUCGACUACAUAUGCACUGCUCGCGGCACGCUCCUCAAGGAAGGCUGCUCGUCCGGAGAAACUGGCCAGCUUUACGAGGCAGAGAUCGAGCUUGUGAAUGCUCAUCCGUGGGCGGCUGUGAAGAUCAGGGUGCUAUCGCUGGAAAAUCCAUCGCGAGCUAACGUGCGGAAGAUCACUGUCCGUGGGAGUGCUGGUGGUGCCCCGCCAACUUUAGCCGCUCGUGAGGAUGAACAGGGAAGCUUUAGCAGCAACAGCAGUAACUCCUCUUCGCUCCUCACGAUGCUCAUGCCAAGCGUCCUACAGAUCGUCCGUGGCAUGUCCGAUGGAAUGGAGACCCGGCGCGCAGCAGCGCGGGUACCACAGAAGAUCGAGGCUGGUCCUAGCAAAGAAGCAGAGCUGUCUCGACAACACGCUGAAACGAGCCUUCGGCUUCAAAGGCUGGAGAUGGUCAUUGGUCGUAUGGAAGCGUUCCUCCAGGGGGCGUUUUCCAAGCUGGAUAAUCGGAUGAGUAGCAUGGAGGCACAGAUUUCUACGCUUCAACAGCAGCCUCUGGAGUCGCGGGAUGUUCCAGCCUCAGAGAUGAGGCAGCCAUCUCCAUCAUCAGAUGCUAGGCCGGAUGUUCCAGUGGACGAAGCUGAGCACUCAAACACUGCCGAUCUUCGAGAGGACGAAGGCCUUGAUGGCGAUGGUGACGAUGAAGACGACGAGAACGAAGAAGAAGAAGAUCAAGAAGAAGACGACGAUAAUGAUCAAUCCUCUCUGAGUCUUGAUGGCUCCGGCGAAUCCUCCAGCGGCAGUUUAGAAACGGACUCUACCACUGCUCGACGAGGCUCGCUCUCGCUGGAGGACGCGUGGGCUUCGGCGCUGGCAGCGUUCUCGGUGGCAGUUGUUCCUGCCGCACCAGGCCCGGAGGAGAAGUUCGAGGAUGCGGUAGCUGAAGUUAAUGCAGAGAGGCCAGCCGACUCCAACGGGGACAUUGGUGAAGAAAAAGAGGAAAGGAAUGGAGAAUCGGAGCCAGGAGGAGGUGACGCGACAACGUCAGCUUGGUGGGGAGAAUUCAUCGAAGUACCAGCAGCACAAGAGCAGCAAAGCGAUCACCACAGUAGAGCAGAGGGAGUGGAGGUUUUGGUCGAGCAACAGGGAAAAGAGAAUGCACAAGAGGAGCAAAGUCAGCACCACAGUACAGCAGAGGGAGUGGAGGUUUUGAUCGAGCAACAGGGAAAAGAGAAUGCACAAGAGCAGCAAAGUCAGCACCAUAGUACAGCAGAGGGAGUGGAGGUUUUGAUCGAGCAACAGGGAAAAGAGAAAAGCGAUGGCAAUGAUCCGGCUCCUGUUGGCAUGACUGCGGCAGGAGAAUCAGCUGGAAGUCGCGAAGUGGAUUUGAUCGAUUUUGAGGAGCAGGAGCCGAGGAAGAGCAACUUCAGCUCCGGUGAUUGUCCCGGCGGAUUCUCCCCGGACUCGCUGCUCAUCGAUUGUAUAGACGGCGUUUACCUGAUGGAGCAGAAGAAGAUGGUUCCACAGAAAGGUGGCAGUGACGAGAGUGUGGAGGAUGGGUUUGAUCUCAUCGCGUCGCCGCGCAAAGUGGAUCCCGAGAUUUGCACGGAUCUAAUGUUUUAACCUUUAGCAAAGAUUGAUUUUUUUAUGGGAAAUAAAGAAAAUGAAAAGGCAAA